UAAAGCUUUUUGUGAUCCUGAUUAUUAUGAUGAUGUCGAUAGUAAAUAGUGGUGUGACACAGACGUAAUAAUACAUUUUCUUUCAAUUUUGUGUCAUUUUCAGUACAUUUCACAAUGGCUGAUAACGAAGCAAAGGGACGAGAAUUAAUGCAAGAGGCAGAGAAGAAGCUUUCUUCCUCCAAAGGAUUCUUUAGUUCACUAUUUGGGAGCUCCUCAAAAGUGGAAGAUGCUGCAGACCUAUUUGUUAGAGCUGCCAACAUGUUUAAAAUGGCCAAAAAGUGGGCAGCUGCUGGGGAGGCAUUCUGUCGAGCGGCCGAGUUACAGGUUCAGUUAGGCGGCAAACACCAGGCAGCCACUGAAUACGUCAACGCUGGAACCUGUUAUAAAAAAGCAGAUCCCAAUGAGGCAAUCAACUGUUUAUUAAAAGCUGUAGAAAUUUACACUGAUAUGGGUAGAUUUACCAUAGCAGCUAAACAUCAUGUUUCCAUUGCUGAAAUCUAUGAAACAGAUAUGGUGGAUAUUGAAAAGGCAAUCACAAGCUAUGAACACGCUGCAGAUUACUAUAAAGGGGAAGAAUCUAACAGUUCUGCAAACAAAUGUCUAAUUAAAGUUGCCCAGUAUGCAGCACAGCUUGAACAGUAUGAGAAGGCAAUAUCUAUCUAUGAAGAAAUUGGUGUGUCCUGCAUGGAUAACCAGCUUCUGAAGUACAGUGCCAAGGACCACUUUUUUAAGGCAGCUCUUUGUCAGUUGUGUGUGGAUACACUGAAUGCUGAGCAAGCCAUUCAGAAAUAUGAAGAAAUGUUUCCACAGUUUGGGGAUGCCAGAGAAUGCAAGCUUCUCAAGACUUUGAUCAGUGCAAUAAAUGAAGAGGAUAUUGAUAAAUUUACCGACUCAGUCAAGGAUUAUGAUAGUAUAUCCCGUCUGGACCAGUGGACAACAACCAUGCUGCUUAGAGUGAAGAAGAAUAUCAGCGGGGAGGAUCUUAGAUGAUUUUCCCUCAAUGUUCCCCCCUCUCCCCCACACACAGGAUUACUCUCAGACAUUCUCUUUUACGGAUUUGAUAUCCCUUAAAGGAUUUUUCUUACUUUCAUAAGCUUCAUGUCAAAAGCAAUGUUGUGAAGAUUUUCUGUGGAAAUUUGAGCAAAAUAUUCAAUUUGUUAGUUUAUGACAAUAUAUGCAACAUUCUCAAUACCUCUGGUACAUUGUUCCGCUGUUAACGUGUUGUUGGAUCAACGUGAAUGUGAUAUGGCAUUGUCAUGAUAUUCAAGACUUAAAAGUAGAAAUGUGAAAAACAUUUGAACUGUUAUAUUAUAUGUUGUUGUUUUUUCAAACCUCAAAUUGUCAAAUGAUAGAUAGUUUAGUUAUUGUUUUCUAGUUUUAAUGGUAGUUGUACAUGUAGAUUUGCUUUUGAUGCUUAAUAAUUUUCUGUGGACACAAAAGAUAGCUGUGUGCAUUCACUGCACACAAAUCUUAAUUACUAUGAACUUCAUAUGGCAUUUACUGUAUAAGGCAAAAGCAUUACCUGGAAAAGAGGAGAAAAAACUGUGCUGUUACAAGAACAUGGCAAAAUUUUGUUUCUGGAAUCCAAUAUUCUCUUUAAAUUUGAUAUUGAUUAUUAAUAUUAAAUGCUGUAUGUUUUUAAUUGAUGAUCCGAAAAAGUUUUCUGUCAUUAAAAUAAUGAUCAGUGCUUUAUAUAUUUUAUACACGUAUCAUUAUCAGAUGUAACUUGUUAUUAUACAUUACAAAAUGUACAGAGUAUGUGUCAGUCAACUUGUGAAUAUUAAAGCUUUUACAAUUGAAAAUAAAGUUAAAAAGCACCAAG